AUGGACAUUCGUCUGACGGCGCCGUCUUCAGUAGGCGUCAUUAGCAACGUCAUUCACUCUGCUUGCUACCUGCCAGAGGUAGAAAAUGCCUUGAUUAAUAAUCAUGGAUUGGUGACAUGUAAACUACGUAUGAAAAGAGCUCAGGAGAUUUUGGCAGCAGCAGUUGAACUUUGGUUUAACGUGAUGACAUAA